AAAGUAGUUUUUGUAUCUUAGAAAUGUUAUAUUUAUAAUUUUUUUCACCUUUUAUACCAAUUAUAUCCUAAGAUGCAUUGACUGCAAACGAACGUAAUAACAAAAACAUUUGUACAGCAAGCAAUGAUACAGACCGUUAUUACCAUCAUGACCAUUUGGAGUUGGACUCAGGCGCAUGUGCUAAAUGAUAGUGACCACUGUUCCCUGGCACAGUCGUGUCAGCACGACGGCUCCGAGGCUCGCGGCGUCGACGACGACGGCCGCACCGUCCGCCUCUUCCUCGACGCUUGUGACCUGCACGAGUACAACUGCGACCACGGCACAAAUUUCGAACUAAUAACUGUAACAAGUCCUUGUACAGAAGACGAAGUUUCAGAGGCUACGGAAAGCGUUACAGAGGAGACAGAAGCUGUUCACUUACUGGACUCAGAACAGUGGACUCCUGAAGCAGAUGAUUACCAUGCAAAACACGAUGAGAACAAUGUCGAUGAAGAGGAUGCAAAUGAUGUCCAAAAAUACUCUUCAAACAACAUUUAAAAGGAGGAAGGUUAUUUAAAGCGAGAAACUUUCACAGUAGAUGAAACGUUUGAUAAUGAAAUAUGUAUCAAAAUUAAAGUCUUUGUAUACAUAUCAAACAUAGUUAUUAAGACGUUUCAACAAAUUAAUAAUUUGCAUUCAAAAGAAACUGUGCGCCGAUUUCAAACACCACUAUUGCUAGCGCAUAUGAUAGUUCAUAUCAUAUUUUAUUUUUAAUCAUUAAUCGAUAUAUUAUCAAUUUGAAAAACAUAACAUAAAUAAGGUACCUGACCCAUUGAGCUCACUACGA